AUGUCCCGAGAAGACAUGAGCGGACAUAUUGCGAGCACAUCAGCAUCGCCCUUCGCCAUCUACGGCACCCACAUUCACCUCCAUCGACGCCAGGCCAUCCCCGACGCAACAGGAAACACAGGCAACAUCCCCACAGCCAUAAGUUCCCUACCGCCAGCCCAGCUGCCUUCAAUAUCACCGUCGCCCCCAGCUCCAACAGUCACCACCACGCCCACGCGCUCAUCCUCAUCCACAGCUUCAUCGACCUCGGCUUUGACCUCUCUCCCCACCUCCGCCGACUCCCUCAUCCUCACGCCCACCAGCCCCCUCCUCUCCCCCGGCACUCUUGCCGGAAUCAUCGCCGGCAGCGCAAUCGCGUUCCUCCUCGUCCUCGUCCUCGCCAUCUUCGUCCUGCGCCGCCGUCGCCGCGGCAGAGCCAUCGCCGAGAUCCCGAUCCGCCGCUCGAAACUCGGCUCCCGGCUGCGACACCGCAUGUUCAACAGCCCGCUGCCGGGGACUUCUAGUAGGGCGAGUUCGCGGUCGUCCGGGCGGACACUCAUAGUGGAGAAGAGGGAUGUUGGGCGGCCGAGUGGGGGUGGUCCGGGUUUUGGGGAGAGCGGUGAGGAUGGGUUCGGGAAGGGGGAGCUGCUGCAGGUGCCGCGGGCUGCGUUUAUGAUGAAGAGGGAGGAGGAGGUAGGGAGGGAGGCGGGGGAGCGCUGGGUUGGGUUGGAGAUUAGUGGGCCGAGGCCGGUGAGGCCGAGGAGUGCGGAGCCGCUGGGGAGGUUAAGUGGGAUGGGGAUGGGGAUGGGGUAUUUGAGGUAG